GGAUGCAGUCACCAAAUAGUUGCGACACAAAAAUUCCAAUAAAUCCAACUUGGAAGCAACAGACUGCAUCAAAUAACGUUAAAAUGUCUUCAGAUUUAACUUCAACAGAUAAUAAUUCUGAUUCUUGUUCAAGUGAUGAAGUUAUUGUUGAUGGAUAUAUUGAAGAAAGUAUUCCAACUUCUAAUCGAUGCAGAAUACGGACAAGAACGAUUUCGAACUCGAAAGCUGAAGAAGAGGAUGUUUUUAUGACUGAGACUGGACGAAAAGUUUAUACAAAAGGACGCCCUCCUUGGUAUGAUAGAGCUGGAAAGCGUCUAAAAAAGUCUUAUUUAAUUGGAAUUUGUGGGGGCUCUGCUUCUGGUAAAACAACUGUUGCCCAAAAAAUUAUUGAGAGAUUGGAAAUGCCUUGGGUAACUGUACUUGCUAUGGACUCUUUUUAUAAUGUUUUGAAUGAAGAACAGCACCAUUUGGCUGAUAAACAAGAAUAUAACUUUGACCAUCCAAAUGCUUUUGACUUUGAUUUACUUUACGAAACACUUCUACGUUUAAGAGACGGCAAGUCAGUUGAAGUCCCCGUCUACGAUUUUACGACACACAAACGGUCAAAAAAUCCAAAAUUAAUGUAUGGCGCUGACAUUUUAAUUUUUGAGGGAAUUCUUUCUUUUCACACACCGGAAAUUGUAUUUGUUGACACUGAUUCUGAUACUAGAUUGGCCCGCCGUUUACAAAGAGAUAUUUCUGAAAGGGGAAGGGACGUCGCUGGUGUUUUAGAUCAAUAUAUAAAAUUUGUGAAACCAGCGUUUGAUUCUUUUAUUGCUCCAUGUUAUUAUGGCUGUCAACACACUCGAAAUGGUUCUUCCCCUUCCCUUCCUGAAUCCCCUUCUAGUAUUGAACCUCCAGUCAAAUUGCCUUCUUCACUUCACAUCAUAAGAAAUUGCUCUAGUGCCAAAAAGUUUCAGGCUUUUCUUCGCUCUUGGAAAGAUAAUGGAAAAACAAAUAUAAUGGAAGAAGUGAUGAAACAUGCAGAAUUAAUUCUUCCUGAAUUGAUUGAACAGGCAUUGAGUUUGUGUGGUAGUCAACAUGAAAUUGUGCAAAUGCAAAAUCCUGACAAUGACAACAACGUUAAUGGCCAAAAAUAUAAUGGAAAAGUUUGUGGAGUUGCAAUUAUGGCUACUGGCGAUUCAUUAGAAAAAUCUCUUCGGUCUUUAACUGGAAAAUUUGGAACACUUUUAAUUCAAACAAAUGAGCAAACACAGGAUCCAGAACUUUAUUAUUUACGUUUACCAAAGAAAUUGAAUCAAUACAAAAUUAUUUUGAUUGACACAACUGUUUUGACUGGUGCUGCCGCAAUAAUGGCUAUUCGAAUUCUUUUGGACCACGAUGUUCGUGAAGAAGAUAUUUUGUUUGUUUCUUUGCUUAUGACAGAAGCAAGUGUUCACUCAUUAGCUUAUGCAUUCCCUAAAGUCAAACUUCUAACUACAGCAGUCCAUCAUACAUUAAAUAAACAAUUUAGUGCUAGAUGUCGUUCAAAUAAUUUAGUUGAAAUUCCAAAUUUUGGUGCUGAGGCAGUUGGUUUAGUUACUACAGAUGAUGAAGAUGAACGGGCAGAAACAGGGGUUAAUGUGGCAAGUUAA